AUUUAUGUAGCUGAAGUCAGUUCAUUAAUACUACAUAAAAGCCAAAAAUCAAUCUAAGGAGUAGAAAGGAACAAAAGGGAAGGAAUAGACUUAAACCACAGCAUCUUAAAUUUCUUUGAUUUUGAGUAGAAUGAACAAUAAAAACAUUCAAGAUUAAAAGGCUGCAUCUGAUAGGGCUAAAAAUAAUAUAUAAAUAUCUCCUAAACUACAAAAUUGCUUAUCGGCAUCAAAUUUAAUGAGCAAAACUUCUUAAUCACCAAAAUUAAGUGAAUGUGUCUUAAUUGAUAAAAAAUUUGCAAAAGAAUGUCCUAGUAGAAUAACAAAUGGGAAUGAAAUUUAGUUACCAACUGACAUUAACAGUUUUUUAGAGAUGGAGGAGAGAAAGAGAAGUUUAAAUAAUUUUAAAGAAUAACUUUCAUAAAAUAUAAUGAAAAUUUAGCAUUUAGAUUAACUUUAAGCUUAAGUUCAAUUAAUUGAAUUAUAAUUGCAUUCUAUUGUAUAGACAAUCAUUUAAUUAAAAGUAAACAUUUAUAAUGAUUUAAGGAUUCCUUAUGUAUGUAAUUGUAAUAAGAAUAAUUAUCUUAUACAUAAAUUACUUAAUCUAUAUCUGAUUCAUUGUAUAAGAUGAAGGAUGAUAUAUUACAUAAUGAAGUGAAUAUUAUCGAAUCCAUGUAAAUGAAGCCAUUUCAUAAUAUUAUGACUAUAUAUAAAAAGAGAUUAGAUGAACAUUAAAGUUGUGUUUAAUAAAUGAUUUCAAAGAGAUAAUUUGUAAUUUAAUUUAAUUAAUGGUGCUAAUAAUUAAUGUUAAAACUUUAAGUAGAUAACAAAUCAAAUUUUGAUGGAGAGGAGAAGGAGAAUUGUUUUUAUGGGAGCAAUAAAAUAGCAGAAUCUCCGAAAUUCCGCAGCAGCAAUUGA